AUGCUUGCAGCCAGCACAAGGACCAGGCAGCUCAAUGUCACCUGUGAGAGCUCAGUGGACGGGGAGGUCUUCCUCCAUUACUCCCUCAUCCCAUCACUUUUCAUCAUUUUGGUCUUGUCUUUCCUCCAAAGACGAGAGCAACGUAGACAAAGAGAUGACACCUUCUACCUCCUGGGGGACCACUUUGGAAUCAUCAUGCCUCUGGACUUCGUGGGGACUUUCAGCAACCGAUGGUCCUAUGGAGUUGCCUUUGGGGCCACAGCCAAUAAGGUCAUGUUCCUGUUCUCAGAAGGCUACCAGCCCCUGAAGGUUCCACAGUGGGCCCAAGCCUUCGUGCUUUUCCUGGGGGGCAUGGAAGUCGGCCUGUCUUACUUCCCCUUCUUUGCCUGCCUGUCCUCAGAGUUCCGGCUGGUCAGCUCCAUUCUGGGCUUCAGCUACUCCCUGACCUGGUUUGUGCUCACCAUUCUUCAGAUCUCACAGUGUCCCCAUGGGCAGUUUCUAGGAAGGUUCGAGACCCUCAUUUUCUACUGGCCCUCACUGCUGUGCCUGGGUUUCCUGCUUGGUCGCUUCCUGUACAUGUUCCUUAAGGCUCUGCCAAUCCGCCUGGGCCUGGAGCCAGAGGCAGAAGAGAAGUCAGUGUUGGAGGCCCACCAGGCAGAGCAUGUGAAGCGGCUCCUGAGAAAGCCCCGCCCGCAAGAAGAAGAGAAGUCUUGGUUUCAAGCCAGGGUGUAUGAGUGGGACCCCUGCUUCCAGUUCCCCAGCAGGAUGAUUGGGACCCUCGUGCUGGCAUUCAUCUGCCUGUACCUUUUCAUCGUCAUGGAGUUCUGUGUGUUUCUACUUGUGAGAGACGAGCUGGAUAUAUUUGAAGACAGGCUGCAGAGCUACCUCAACCACAUGAAUGAGACGGGGACCUUGACCCCCGUCAUCCUACAGGUGAAAGAACUGAUCAGCGUCUCUAAAGGAGCCUGGGUGGUGACCAUUUUCCCUGCCUCCCUCACGUGCGUCAGCUACCUCUUCCACAUUUUGGCCUGUUACAGAAAGCACAUGAAGAGGCUGUGGGCUGGAGACAAGGACUUCCUCCCUCAGAAGUUCCAGAGUCCCUCCUCAGCAGCGAGUGUGGUGGCCAUUGCAAGGUACUCUGGCUGGCAAAUAGCCUACAUCCUCUGGGGCUACCUCAUCAUCCAUGUGGUCCAGAGCCUCUGUGGUGUGAUGCUCAUGUACAGUCUGGUGCUGCCCAUCCUCCACCACCAAGGUCUGGAGAUGCUUCGAGGGCUUGGCCUUGGGGUCCUCACCCUAUCUGUAGUCGUGGGCCUCAUGAUCGUGCAGGUGUGGAUCGCUGGCAGAUUCUUCCUGCAGCCCAAGCUGGGCACAGCAGACAAGCAGAAGCCCCUGGCUCUCCACAACAG